GACGACGUCUUCUCGGGCGCCGGCGCGCACCGUCAUUUCGCCGCCGUCCCCGGUUCGGACGGCGACCACCGCCCUCCGGCUGCGAAGCGACCCCGAGACCUGCUCGCGCCGUCUCGAUGCCUCUGCCGGCCCCCGGCAUCAUCCUCCACCACGCGCGGACGCCGCGGGGGUUCGUCCAGCUCCUCGCCUCCUCCUCCUCCCCGCUUCCGCCGAUCCCGUCCGCCGCGGCGCAGUGCCAUGGGAUGGCCACCAAGAUCGGCCUCGCGGCCAGCAACGUCUUCGCGGGCACCGCCCUCCUCGCCUUCUACUGCCGGUGCCGCCGCCUGCGCGACGCCCAACGUCUGUUCGACGAAAUGCCCGAGAGGAGCGGCGUCACCUGGAGCGCGCUCGUCCACGGCCACGCGCGGUCCAGCGCGCCAGGCCUCGCCGUGGGGGCGUUCGGACGCAUGGUGCGUGCCGGCUUCCCCCCCACGGCGUCGGCCGUGUCCAGCGCCCUUGUCGCGUGCGGUAGGAUGGAGGACCCGGGCGUCGGGGCGAUGCUCCACGCCGCUGGCCUCAAGUGCGGCAGCAUAUGUGGCAGCGUGGUUGUUGGGACUGCGUUGGUGGACAUGUACGCCAAAUGCCGUGAUGUGCCUGCUGCUCAGCGGGUUCUUGAGGAGAUGGAAGAGAAGAAUGUGGCCACCUUCACCGCACUUGUGGGCGGGUUCGCCUCAGCCGGAAGACCUCGCGAGGCCAUGGUCUUGGUCAGGGAAAUGGAACAGUCAGGGGUGGCACCAAACAUGAUGACAUACAGCAGCCUUCUCAGCUCAUUUGCGAGCCCCCAGGACCUAGACCACGGGAGGCAAGCGCAUUGUGCGGUGGUAAAGAAGGGUCUCGAGCACAAUCCGUAUAUUCUGUCCACUCUUAUGACCAUGUACUCCAGGUGUGGCAGCUUAGAAGAUUUCAGGAAGGUUCAGAUGGCUGUUUCAUGUCAGGAUCAGGUGUCGCUCAACUCCGUGAUCUCGGGGCUCUCCUGUUUAGGAAGAGGCGAUGAGGCGUUUCACCAGUUCUUGGAGAUGAGAAGGCAUGGCGCUGACAUGGAUAUGUUCACCUUUGGCAGCAUGCUGAAGGCUAUAGGGAGCUCAUCCUCACUGCUGGAGGGAAGACAAGUCCAUGCUCUGAUCCUCAAAACUGGGUAUGAGUCUGAUGUGAAUGUCCAGAACGGUUUGAUUUCCAUGUACGCCAGGCGUGGCGAGAUAGGGGAAGCCAGGGAUGUUUUCGCUUCGGUGGAAGCGCCUGAUUUGGUUUCCUGGAAUUCGCUUCUGACAGGAUAUGCUCAGCAUGGUUAUGGCAAUGAGGUGGUUGAGGUGUUUGAACAGAUGAGGAGACUGAAUGUUCAGCCAGACAACACAACCUUCUUGUUGGUACUUACAGCUUGCAGCCACGCCGGUUUGGUGGAUACAGGGUUGGAGUAUUUCCACUUGAUGAAAACAAACGGGUUUCUCGUAGGGGCACGGCUAGAGCACUACGCGUGCGUGGUCGAUCUUCUUGGUCGAGCAGGCCAUCUCCAAGAAGCCGAGACUUUGAUCAAUGACAUGCCUAUAGAACCUAGCGUCUCGGUGUAUAGAGCUCUGCUUAGUGCCUGCCAGAUCCAUGGCAACCUCGAGAUCGCAGUCAGGGUGUCGAGGCGCCUCAUUGAGCUCUACCCCCACGACUCGUCUGCCCAUGUUCAGCUGUCAAAGGUCCUUGCCGGUGAUGGCCACUGGGGUGAUGCUGCCGAGGUCAGGGAGGCCAUGGUGGGUAAAGGGAUAGUGAAGAACCCUGCUUGGAGCUGUGUCGAGGAGCGGGUACAGGUUGGAUAAGAAGGUUAAGAUCCCAUAAAUUUGCCAUUGUUAGCUGGGGCUGACUUAAUGGUCAGCUUGCAGUGUUUACUGAAGGUAAUGCCAGAAGCCAAUGAACCUCUGAUAAGCUUUUGCAGAGCAACGACAGCUCAUGGCAUCAAUGGAUAAGAAAGCAGAGAUCAUAUUUUCAUCACACUACUAUGUACUUAUCCGCCAUAAAGCAUAGGAAUUGUGCAGCAAUGUUGAUGAAAUCCCUGAUAUUGCAAGGAUUUUGUGCUGCUGAAACCAAGAACAUUCGAGUGCUUGGGUAACCAAAGCCUAAGAUUAAACUGUCAGGACCCGAGUCUGAUACAUGAAGAACAGGUUUUCAUGUCAGACCUUUAAUUGUUUUUAGGGGGAUCAGCACCUGUACCACUGCUAACUGAUACAUGCUGGAUAAGAAGGUUGAGAUGACAGCACCCUGUACUUAUA